AUGGCCAAAAAAGUAUUCAACGAUGUGUUGAGAGGUCAUUCCCCUCAGAUCCCGUAUCAAAUCAACAAUAUUGUAUACUCAAGUGGGUACUACCUUGCUGACGGAAUUUAUCCAAGGUGGACGACAUUCAUCAAAACAAUUCCGAAUCCCCAAUUGGAAAAGGAAAAAAGCUUUGCUGCCUUUCAAGAGGGUUAUAUGAAAGAUGUGGAAAGGUGUUUUGGUAUCCUGCAAGCUCGUUGGGCAAUUAUUAGGGGUGUUGCUCAUAUGUUUGAUGAAGAGGUGCUUCGGAGCAUUAUGAUGACUUGCAUCAUUCUCCAUAACAUGAUUUUUGAGGAUGAGUAUGAUUAUGAUGCCCCUGAGAUGUUCGAACCCGAUCCCAUGAACAUGGCAUUGACAAUAAUUUAUGAACGGCCCGUGGGAGCAAAUGGAAAACCACUGGAGCACGAACCGUUGAUUAGGAACGAUCGAUACAACAACUAUAUGAUUGAUCGUUAUAUGGAAAUGCAAUCUUCUUAUGUUCACGAAAGACGUCAAGUUGACUUGAUCGAGCACUUAUGGGCAAUGAAACGCAAUCACGGCGGAUGA